AUGAGGUUGUCAGAGACUGCUGAGAAGCUCAAAAAAAGGGCUGCUACCAAAAUUCAUGAUGGCCAGGAAAGUGAAGCAAGGGAUCUGCUUAUACAAAAAAAGAAGUUGAUGAAGGCUCUGGAGAGCUCGAAAAGCCGAAUCGAGGUUCUCGAUAAACUUUCGGCUAAGUUACAAGAGGUGAUCUCUUCCAAGGAAGCACAACUAAUAGAAAAUGUUGCCGUUAAUCCUUCUAGUAAUGCAGAGGACCGAGGUUAUCCAAUUCAUUUCAUAAAUCCAAAGGGUGAUGUUAGUGAAGAUUUAAGUACAACAGGCUCCUUUGACCGAUCUGGUAUGGAAUCAAGUGUCAAAGAAGAACUAGAGUCUCAAAGUUUGGAAGAUGAUGAACCUCAACCAGUUGUCGGCGAUCCUCCUGAAACUCAUUUUUCGAGUGUCAUUGAGAGGACAAGCAGUUCAAAUGGCACUCCCUCUUACAAUGAUUUCAGAUUACGUGCCAUUGAGCAGCUUAAAAAUGUUGAAGAAGAUAUGGUGAUAUUCUUAAGGCUUUUGAUAACAGAGAGUGAAAGCAAGAAGAUAACUAAAAAUGCACAACAGAUACUAGAAGUGCUUGAGGAUCUACAAAGGAUAAGAGAAAGGAUUCAGGUUAUUUUUACAGAAGAAACCAUGUGA